AUGGGAUUCUUUUUCCUGGCACCGCUCGGCCUCAAAUUCGCCAGAGGGAAGAAGUUGCACUUCUUCACCGACCUGAGCGACGACGAGGCUCUCCGCAUCUUGUUCGACAGGUAUCCCGAGAGACGUAUGACGAAUCUCACCAAUCUACCUCCGCCGGAGAUGCAUUUGCGCUACGUAUUGGGGAUUUUCCCGCUCAAACCGGAGCGAGCCGAAUGA